CUGCAAGUCCCGAGGGGUGAAGCCCAACCUGGAUCUAUUCUUCCAGAGUUUUAAUCUGUGCCGGGGGGGCACGAAAACUGCGAGGGGUACGCCAACCUGCAGCAGAUUGCCCGCUUCAAAUUAUUCUCCGAUGCUCCUUCUUCCAACAAAGGAUGGAGGGAACGUUGGUGCUACGUGAAGUUGGAUGAGAGCCCAUUCCCGAGGGAGCUACGUGACCGAUUCCGAAGGCACGAAAAGAUCAGGAGUGCCGCUCUCGAGAAAGACGGCCUAAAGUUGGCCAAGUUCCCGGAGGGGAAAAACAAGAACGUGGCGAUCAAAGACUGCACCCUCGAGGAGGAUUUAUACACCCUCGGGUUCCGGAGGUACCGCUUCAUAGGGGAGACCGAUGAAAAGUACCCUCCCUUCAACAAGGCCUUCGGAGGGGCCGGAGGUAGGAGCCGAGGGCUUUAGAAUUUUGUACUUAGUUUUUUUUUUUGCUUGGAUGUUAUCGUCCCUUCGCUUAGACCCGUCGGACUAACCCUUUGUCUCCUUUGUGCAGGUAUCCCAGGUCUCUAUGGUGAAUGUAAAGGGCCUUGCCCGUUUGAAGAAACAGGACCCGAAGGGGUCGGGACAGGGCGUCCAGAAGCCCGCUACUGCCCUCUUUAAGAAAGCCGAGGGCGAUGCCGCUGCCGGUAAGAGGAAGGCAGUGACCAAGGGGUCCCCCCGGCUACCAAGAAGCCGAAGAAGGGGGAUGUCGCCGAGAAGGAGCCCCCGGUCAUUAUUGCUGAUGAGUACCCCGCCUCCGGGGUGCAGGUGGAGAAGCUGCCGGGUGGAACGCCGGCGGGGGCAGAGGAGUCGCUGCCUGAGAUCCUCACAGUUGCGUUCCCGAGGGGUAUGUCUUUGGCCAGCGGCGCCGUCGACCCGGGGGCCAUCCUGAGGUGUAUGACCCCUGAGACGGAUAGGGUUGCCCUCGGGGCCUACAAUGAUGCGGCCCUCGAGGACCACAUUCUCCGCUCCUCCCUCUCUGCUUGCUUAGCCCUCGGCGAACAGGCUCGGAGGCUUCAAGAAUGGCGCCUCCACAGAGCGGAGCAAGACGCCAGAAUGAGGGAGUGCCUCCUCAAGAACCAGGAGGCGGUGAAGCUGGGGGCCCAGCUAGAAGAGGAGCUCCGGCAGAUGAGCUUGAAACUGGAGGCUGCAGAGAAAGGCAAUGCUGAUGCUGAGGCCGCUGCCAGGAGAGCUGCUAAAGAGGCCGAGGACUCCAAAGCGCUAGCUGUCGCCAAGGUUCAGGAGGAGGCCGUUGAGGCCUUUGUCGCCGAGGGUUGGAGAGCCGAGGGGCGCAAGAUGUGGGUGUCCUCGGUCGUGGAGGCCUGCGUUGGAGAGCAGAGAGUACUAUGAAGCCGGCGAAUUCUUCACCCAGGCCCUCAUCUACCGGAGGAUGGCCCGACAUUUGGGCAUUGAGCAAAAGGACUUCUCCCCCUCGGCGUAUGGCCUUCCCCCCUUGCAGCCUGAUGUUCGUGAGCCGCUCCCGGAAGGUGUUCAGAGGCCCGACCUUGAGGACACGGUGUUGAAGAAUGAGGUCGAGGACGACGCUGUCGAGACCGGAGCGGAGGCAUCAUCGAGGCCGGCUGUAGAGGGCGCCCCAGUGAACGAUGCUGUCGUAGUUGUGGAAUGAUUUUGUACUUAGAAAUCUUUGAACAUCUUUUGUAAUGAACAACAUUGUUCCUUCGGCUUCGGCCCGUUUGUAAACUCAUACUUACUCUUGUUUUUGAUGAAAUGCAUGCUGCCUCCGGGCUUUUCAU